CUCCUUUCUUAUUCACUGCAGGCAUUAGCCUAGGGUUUGGAAUAGUGUGCUUACUUAUUGGUACAUACUGGUUGUACAAAAUUUUAGAGAAGAGAAGGAAAAAGAACCUCCAGAUGCAGUUCUUCGAACGGAAUGGAGGUUUAUUAUUGCAGCAACAACUUUCUUCAACUGAGGGUAAUAUUGAAAAGACCAAAAUAUUCAGUACCCAAGAGUUGGAGAGGGCAACUGACCAUUUCAACAGGAAUAGAAUACUUGGUCAGGGAGGUCAGGGCACUGUUUAUAAAGGAAUGUUGGUUGAUGGAAGAAUUGUUGCGGUUAAGAAGUCAAAAGUACUGGAUCAACAGAAAGUUAAAGAGUUCAUCAAUGAGGUGGCCAUUCUUACAGAAAUUAAUCACAGAAACAUUGUUAAGUUAUUAGGUUGUUGUUUGGAGACUGAAGUUCCUUUGCUAGUUUAUGAAUUCAUUCCUAAUGGGACACUUUUCCAGUACAUACAUGAUGAAAAUGAAGACUUCCCAUUAACCUGGGAAAGACGGUUAACAAUUGCAGCAGAAGUAGCUGCUGCCCUUUCCUACUUGCACUCAGCAGCCUCCAUUCCCAUUUAUCAUAGAGAUGUUAAGUCCUCAAAUAUUCUAUUGGAUGAAAAGUACAGAGCAAAAGUUUCAGACUUUGGGACAUCAAGAUUAAUUGCCAUUGAUCAAACUCAUUUGACCACAAAUGUUCAAGGCACAUUCGGGUACCUAGACCCUGAAUAUUACCAAUCUAGUCAAUUUACAGAAAAGAGUGAUGUUUACAGUUUUGGCGUUGUCCUUGUUGAGCUCUUAACAGGAGAGGAACCAAUUUCUUUAGCAAGGGCAGAAGGAGGAAGAAGUUUGGCCUCUCAUUUCAUUCAUUCCAUGGAAGAGAAUAGUCUCUUUAGUAUUCUUGAUGCUCGAGUUAGGGAGAGUUCUGCACAUGAAGAGAUAACAAAGGUCGCUAAACUUGCACAUCGAUGCUUGAGCUUGAAUGGUAAAAGGCGGCCAAAGAUGAUAGAAGUUGCUGCAGAGUUAGAGCAGAUUCGUCUUUUGCAAAACAAUUCAAAUGGUCAACAGAAUCAUGAAGAGGUUACGUAUGUCAAGAGUGAAGUAACCAAUCUCUGGGAUGGUACCUCGACAUCAAUAGGUUCAGGUUUGGACUCUGGAGCUUCUUUGUCCAUAGAUAUGCAGCCAUUAAUUUCCAAUAAAUCACGGGGAUUUAACUGAUUUAUCCUAGAAUGCGCUUAUUCCAUGUUGAGUAGCAUAAUAAGCUCUUUCUUUCUUUAGUGUUUGAAAAUUUGUAGUUCAUCUAAUUUUUAUUUUUGUUGCUUUGUAGUUUAAAGUUCAAAUAAAGUUUAUGCACUGCU